UGUUUACUCCCCGGCGCAGCCUAGUCCGACCCUGGGGCCCGCCCCCGCCCACUGCCUAUUGGCUGAGGAGACUCCAGGGCUGGCGACGAUUGGCUCGGCGGAGGCGGAGAGGUAGGCUGCGCGGCAGGCCGAGAGGGGGCAGCAGGCGAUGGCGGCGGCAGCGGCGGCGGCGGGUCGGCUAGGCUGGUUGCUCGCCGCGCUCUGCCUGGGCAACGCCGCCGGCGAGGCGGCGCCGGACCCGCGACUGCUGGGCGUCUGUUUAGAGGAAGACGGAGCGGCGGGCGCGGGGUGGGCGCACGAAGGGGAGGUUCGGGCAGCGCCGGAGGCCACCUUCCGCUUGCGCCUCUUCGGCUCGGGCUUCUCCAACAGCUCCUGGUCCUGGGUGGCUCCUGAGGGGGCGGGUUGCCCCGAGGAGGCGGCAGACCUCACGGGCGAGUGGCGCGCACUGCUGCGCCUGCGCGCCGAGGCCGCACGCCCGCACUCGGCGCUGCUGGCCGUGCGUGUGGAGCCGGGCGGCUCGGCAGCCGAGGAGGAGGCGCCGCCCUGGGCUCUGGGCCUGGGGGCGGCGGGGCUGUUGGCGCUGGCGGCUCUGGCGCGGGGCCUGCAGCUGAGCGCACUGGCGCUGGCGCCCGCCGAGGUGCAGGUGCUGCGCGAGAGCGGCUCGGAGGCGGAGCGUGCGGCGGCGCGGCGCCUGGAGCCUGCACGGCGCUGGGCGGGCUGCGCCCUGGGCGCGCUGCUGCUGCUGGCCAGCCUGGCGCAGGCGGCGCUGGCGGUUCUGCUGUACCGCGCGGCCGGCCAGCGCGCAGUCCCCGCCGUGCUAGGCAGCGCGGGGCUCGUGUUCCUGGUGGGAGAGGUGGUGCCGGCUGCCGUGAGCGGGCGCUGGACGUUGGCACUGGCGCCGCGCGCGCUGAUCCUCAGCCGCCUGGCGGUGCUGCUCACCCUGCCCGUGGCGCUGCCGGUGGGCCAGCUGCUGGAGCUGGCGGCGCGGCCAGGGAGGCUGCGCGAGCGCGUGCUGGAGCUGGCGCGCGGCGGCGGCGACCCCUACAGCGAUCUCAGCAAGGGCGUGUUGCCCUGCCGGACAGUGGAGGACGUGCUCACGCCCCUCGAGGACUGCUUCAUGCUGGAUGCCAGCACCGUGCUGGACUUCGGCGUCCUGGCCAGCAUCAUGCAGAGCGGCCACACGCGCAUCCCCGUCUACGAGGACGAGCGCUCCAACAUCGUGGACAUGCUCUACCUCAAGGACUUGGCUUUCGUGGACCCCGAAGACUGCACGCCGCUCAGCACCAUCACCCGCUUCUACAAUCACCCACUCCACUUCGUCUUCAAUGACACCAAGCUGGACGCCGUCCUGGAGGAGUUCAAGCGAGGUAACUGCUGGGGAAUCGCGGAGGGGACGCGAAUGUCAGCGUUCUUCCCCCAGAGAAGGAGUGGGGUUUAGGGAAGCCUUGGGGAAAGGUCCCAACGUGGUGGACGACAGGGAGGCCUCUGAGCACCUUUUUAAUGAAGAUGAUGGUUUUGUAGCUCCAAAUGAUUUUGAAAAAUAUAAUUUAAAGCCUUUCGUUCCGAAAAUGACAGAACUAUAGACAAUAAAAAUCUUUUCCGGGCAGGCCCCCAGU